AUGACCCUUUCGUUAGGGACAGUUAUCUACACGGCGGUGAAACCUAUUGUCAAAAUUUACUUCAUUAUCGCCAUCGGAUACUGGCUCGCCAAACGCAACGUGCUUUCGGUGCUGACCUCACGCGAUCUCUCAGACAUGAUUCUUUCCGUCACCACGCCGUGUCUUAUUUUUAACAAAAUCGUGGGAAAUAUCCAGAACUCCGAUAUCAAGAUCAUCGGGAUUCUUGUCUUGACAUCGGUGAUGAUCUAUUUUCUGGGCGCCGGCUGCGCGUACCUCACGCGGUGGCUUACGCCCGUGCCGCUCCGCUGGGCGCACGGGAUCGUGUUUGCCGGUGUGUUGCCAAACAUUUCCGACUUGCCCAUUGCAUACAUGCAAUCCAUGGGCACUGGUUCUGUCUUCACCGAGGCCGAGGCCAACCGUGGCGUCUCGUUUGUAAUCAUCUUUCUCGCGACGUACAUUUUCUUGAUGUUUAAUUUGGGCUUGUAUAAGCUUGUGCAGAUGGAUUUCCGUGAGCCAUCACAGGAUGCGGAGAGUGCGAGGUGCGCGUCACCGCUGCCGCCGGUAGAUGCAGUGUCCCUCACUUCUUUAUCUUCAGAGGAAGACAAAACCUAUCAUCCACAGUCCUUCAGCGAGGCACCUCAAACAGCGUACCGCCGGGCCAGUAUCUCACAGUCUCGUAGAGUAUCCGCUAGCAGAGCCCGCAGACCGUCGAUGGUCUCCAUAGACAGCCAGCACAGCAACUUGCGCCGAAUGCCCUCCGAAACGAUACACGACGUGAUUCGUGAAUACUCCCGCAUGGAUUCUCAGGAAGAGCUCUCGGUGUUUAUGGAUAUCCCUGCUAAAGCCCUCCGCCAACGAUUAUCCGAGCAGCCGUGGGUGAGGAAGUAUCACUUGGGGUUUCUUGUCGCGUUUGUACAGAACUUUUUUCUUCCGAGUUCUCUCGCGUUGGUGGUCUCGAUCACUAUUGCGAUGAUUCCCUGGGCCAAGGCACUCUUUGUCACCACCAACAUUUCUCUUCCGAAUGCCCCCGAUGCGAUGCCAGCUCUUUCCUUCUUCAUGGACUUUACGUCUUAUGUGGGGGCCGCAGCCGUGCCUUUAGGCUUGAUUAUGCUUGGCGGGACUAUCGCCCGUCUUUCCUUGGACAAGAAACCCCCGGGGUUUUGGAAAUCCGCGUUGUUGUUGACUAUUUUGAAGCUCGCUGUUAUGCCGAUCUUUGGCGUGCUCUGGGCAAACCGGCUCCAGAAGUUGGGCUGGCUCGAGGGCGAAAAGGUGGCGCUUUUUAUUAUCGUGAUUAACUGGGCCCUUCCGUCCGCCACGGGCCAGGUCUAUCUCACAGCAACCUACACCCUGCCUGACAGCCCUGACCAUGUUCAAAUGGACUGUCUCGCAAUCUACUUAUUGAUGCAGUACCCAAUUUUGACCGUGAGUUUGCCGCUUGUCGUCACCUAUGGUAUCAAAAAUGUGUUACACUACUAG